AUGUGUCUAGAUGAUGGUUGUGAUGAUCUUCUCUGCUGUCUAUGUGUUCCUUUGGCUGCUCUCUGCUGUUGCAAAUGCUGUAAAGAUAUGAUGGGUUCAAGUUCCCGUAAUAAUCAAGUACCAACAACUGUUUAUUAUCAACAACCAGGUGGUCAUGUUCCAACAGCAGGUGUUUAUGGUCCACAAGGUUAUGGUCCACCUCCUCAAAAUCAACCACAAUAUUAUCCUGGAGGUGCUCAACCUUAUUAUCCACCUCCAAAUCAACAACCAGGUUAUCCACCAUAUAAUCAAGGAAAUUAUUAUCCACCACAACAAGGUUAUGCCGGUCCACCACCGCCUUAUAUUUAUCAACAACCAAAUCCUUAUAAGUAA